AUGUACUGUUUGAAUCUCAAAGUAGAGAUUGAAUCCAUUUGUUUCUUUUUGUUUGCUAUAAAAAAGGGAGGAAUCACAGAGGCGAGAGAAGGACAAUACAGGAGUGCAAAAGAAAAAUAUAAGUUACAGAGGAAAAUAAGAAGUAACCCACCGCUUCACCUCCUCAUCCACGCCGAAACUGUAUACGCUGCCAGACACUACAACAAUAACAACCUCAACUAUUCCCAUACACCUCCAAAUCGCGCCGCCAUAACCUCUGUCACGCGCAACCUGCAGUUCGGUCAAAGCACCGCAACUCCCUCUGAAGCUCCGAUCGAUUCCAUCGCCAUGAAGUCCAAAUCCGUCGCACUCCCUCAGUCAACCGCCCUCCGAUGCAGUAGCCUCACAAUUCAGGCCAACAACCCCGAACUCACCAUCACGAGUCGGGCAGCCUCGUCACCAACGACCUCCAUCCCUGGCUGCCAUUAA